AUGAAAAGAAAACAAAGUUUCAACUUUUCUAAGCUUCCUCUAAUAUCUCAGAUACUUCUAAAUCUUGGUGAUUGCGAUAUCCCUGCAUUCGCUAUGCAGAUCUCCAAUCAAUACCAGCAUCCUUCACAAAUAUCUCCAAAAUACUCCUCAAAGAUUCCACUAGCUCAGUAAUCUCUUAGACAUCUCAUGCUUUACUGCAGAAGAAACUGCAUUCGAAGCGACCCCAUAAUGAACUUCUCAAACACAAGAGUCUCCUCACUCUUCAAACUUCUUCACUUGUAAUCUCCUCAGGAAUUUCCAUAAUGUACAGAGAUAUUAACUAUAGACAUUUUGUAGAAUUGA